AUGCCGAGCAAAGGAAUCACGAUCUACACGUACAUCUCCAUUGAGGGGUACGAGGUCGAGUUCACCGUGCCGAAGCAAGCGGUGCGCAACACGGCGGCUGAUAACUUCACCUCCAAAAAUCUCGAGGUCGAGUCGUCCAAUAUCCCUGGACUGAGUCAUUUUAUUGGUCGAUUCGAGUGGAACCUACACCAUCAUGGCGCCAUCAUUGCAAGUGCCUACUGUGAUAUCAACGCCCUUACUGGUAAGCUGGAAGGCGGUACAAUGGCCGCCACAGUGGAUUGCAAGGUUAUUGUCACCGACGAAGCGAUCAUCACAUAUGGCUUCUACGACGCCGGCCAUGGGGAGUUUGGGCUCACCAACCGCGAUCAGUGCUAUGUGACUGUCUGUUCGACCGCUAAUCGCUUUUGGAUGGGAACCAUAGCACCACCCAGUUCGGCGGCGGCCCAGAAACCGUUUUCACGCUUCGUGUUAGCGGCUCCCCACGACGAUGGCAUGAACAGUAUGAUCAGCUGUGGUUCUGUGUUCCAGCACCUUGAUGGAAACAUGGUGGCCGAUUUGCGCAAGAUUGCACCAACGCUGCGUUAUUUUGAUCACCUGCCAGACCAUAUGCUUCUGGAGAAACUGCCGAACAUCGUCUACGGCCUUGCCAUUACCCAGAAGAAGGAUGUGCCCAACAUGCUAGCACUUGGGGCGCGGUACUUUGAAUUUCGUCCGGCGAAACUUCUCCCACUCUUUCAGAAACUCUCGGUGCUGCCGGAUAAAUUCUACUUUCAACACGCUUGUAUCCCUGGCCUCGCUUUUGACGAAUUCCUCGACCAGCUAGUCACCUUUCUUGACGAAUUCCAGACGGAGAUAGCGGCUAUCCAUAUUCGUUGGGAUAAUAUCGUGAAGGAGUGCCAAUUACCGACGGAGCGGGAGGUUCACGAUCAUUUGACUACCGCUUGCAACAAGGCAACUCGCCAGCGUUUGACAUGGGGCGGCAGCGAGUGCUUCCAGCAGCCGAUCGACGAGCUCCGGAAUAGCGGCACGCGUCUGAUAUGUGUUAUUCAUGCAGACAAGUAUGACAGCUGGACAGCCGAGGCGUAUGCGACCUUGGACGCAAAGCCCAUCAUCGACCGGUUCGAAUCUAUGCACACAGCCGGACAGGAGAGCAGCGAUUUGACAGUGCUGCAAUGCCAGGCGACAUCACAAUCGAUCAAGGACGUCUUGGUUUACAGCGUUUUAUCUGCUGAGGCGGCCUCUUCGUGCUUGACAUCGACGAAAGCUGCCUUGGACAUGGAGACACUUCCUUGGAUUCGGAAGAAUGCCCUCCAGCGACUCCAAGCCAACAAGACAAUUGUCAUCAUGAAUGACUUUAUCGACGGAGCGACUAUCGAUACGUCUAUUAACUUGUCGCGGCAGAGGCUAGCGGCGUAG